UUAUUUUUUUUUAAAAUAAGUUAACCUAGUAUUUAUGGGUGUUAUUUUGAAUAAAUAUGAGUGUUGCAUUUCAUGUCGAAGUAAAGUAUUUGUUUGCUAAAAAUAAUCGUGGCGGUGUUUACGUUCGGAUGGAGGAAAAACUAUAAAAUUUGAAUUAGUUGGAAAUGAUAUAAUAUAAAUAUAUAUAUAUACACAUAUAAAGAAAGAAGAAAUAAAAAAGAAAAUCAUUUUUUCUUUUUCCUCGCGGCUUGGCAAUUGGCCAGCCCACUCGACUUCCUAGCCCACCAUGUGCAAGCGCAGCGGGAGCAGGGCAGUGCCCAGCCACACGCACGCCCUGAACAUGAUCCGGCUUGGUAGCCGCUUGUACAUUGUGUUGUGGGCCCUGCGCAUCAGCACUAUCCUCUCUCUCCUUCAACCGCUCAGCUCCGCUUCUUCCGCUGCAGACGUGCUCGCAUCUUUGACAAAUGGCCCUGCUUCAACCCUCCACCCAAAGCAACUCCCCCACGUACAGUCGUCCUCGCUACUGCAGCCCGGUUGCCGGUUAAGCAUGCCGCCCAGCCCGUCUACCCCUACGCCGCUGCCCAGCCCCGCACGGAGUCGCCCCGUAGCCGUUCGCCGGUCACCGUGCCAGCACGGCUGCUUCGUCGACGCGUCCCCGCACACCCCGUUGUUGUGUGGAGGAGCCCUACAGCCUCGCCGCUCAUCGUGCCCGUGCCUCGCCAUCGUCAAGCUCGCUGAUGCCUUCGCCCUCUUGCCGCCGAGCAGAUCUCGACUCGUUUCUGGGCUUCGAGGAAUCGACGGUCAAGCUUCGGCGACCAAGUGGUCUAGCUCUUUGGGUUCCACGAAGUUGAAGACUCUGAGCAUCUGUUUGGUGAAGGUUGUUCACAUUGCAACCACUGCUCAGGAGAAGACGAAGUCGUGGAAGGAGACUUCCAGGAGUUCCAGGACUACGACGAGUUCUAGGUGUGGGUUGGCGGCAACCCCCAGUCAGCUGCCUGUGAAGGCCCUAUCUUUACUGCGUUUCGCUUAGCACUUUGAUUUACCUGUUAAGUUGAUGACUAUGUGGAUGUCUCUGACUCUGUGAUGUAAUAAGUUAAUACUCUUUUAUGUUAUUAUUCGAGCACUGUGCGAUGAUGUUCAUUUAUGUAAUCGUUGUGUACGUGAAUUCUGAUCCUGGCACGUACAUGGUUCGCAUUCGGUUUGCCUUCUGAAACCGGGUGUGACAUGUACUGAAGUUGGAUCUUUGUAAUGAUUGUCACCAAGGUGUGGGUAUCCCCUGCAACUUGGUGUAGUUAUUAAUAAAGUCAGUUAUUUAGUUGG